AUGCGAAGGAGUAAAUAUUUUAUAAAUGACGGUCCUAGAUCUGAAUUCUUCGAUACUAAAGUAAACCCGUUCGAGGAAGUAUUUGAGAAAGAAAGACUCAGUGAUAGGGAAUGUGAACUUGAUUCGGUUCAGCUGUCACCUAAACCAUUCGAUCAGAAUGAUUCAAGGAUAAAGAAGCACGCCAAAGCUGGAAAAGUUAAAAAGAAGAAAGAAUCGAGAAAAAAUAGAACAGAUAAGAAGUGUAAGGGUAGUUCUUUUCUAAGUGCAAUAAAAGAUACAGUCAAUUAUACCCAUGUUACCCUAAUCCCUGAGCGAAGAUUGACGCAGAAGCUUUUGCCAAUAAUCACUACGGGAGCGAAAGCGUCAGAAGUUAUAAAAAGAGAUAAUGAAAAUGAAGUUGUCGUCACUUCGAAACCAUCCUCUAUCACGCAUGUGAAGAAUAAUUCGGAAUUGCAGACAAAUCCUCAGUGUAGUAAAUACUUCAAUGAUUGGGACAAAUUUUCGGCCGAUGGUAGUUCAACAAGUAUUGUUGAUAGUGUAAAAUCAGAAUCUGAUGAAACACUAAUGAAAAAUUUCGGCAAACCAAAGGUCAACAUCGAUAGUUACGAUUGGCUUGACGAGGAUACCUCUGCAUUGGAUGCGUGCAAUCAUGUCUGCUCUACAUUUAGAAAAAAAUUCACAUUGAAUUGCACAGGAUACUUUGCCAACGUUAGGGAAUCUCUAUUAAAAGAAAGGAAAAGUUCUCUAAACAGAGCAAUAUACAAAAAAUCUGAAACGCACAACUUUACAAAGAAUCAGUCGAGUGAAGAUUUAUUCCAGGAGGUAGAUUAUACAAGUACUUUAUCUCCGCUAGACUCCUUCAUCUCAGAUGCAGACAUGUUCUAG